AUGACCUCAGGUGGGACCAGGCCCCUGCUCUGGCCUCUGCUGCUUUUGCUGUUGCCCCUGACUCCCGAGGCCACUCUUACCAGGCCGCCCAGUGAGCUAAGACCCUCUACCUCUCCUCUGCCGGUCAAAUGGAGAAACCCGGGAGCGCUAGAGGACUGGGAGGCCAUGGCAGGUACUCCUCGGGGUUCUUUAAGCCGGCCCCAUGACAGACUCAGGGAGGACAUCAACCGAGUGUGUGGAAAGCCCAAAGGGAUAGGAAAGGUGUUUGGCGGCCAGAAUGCAGUGGCUGGCCAGUGGCCCUGGCAAGCUAGCCUACUCUUUAGGGAACGACACCUCUGUGGAGCUGCCCUCCUUGAUGCCCACUGGCUGGUUUCUGCAGCCCACUGUUUCCUCAACAAAUCCCAGAGCCCACAGGACUACACCGUUCUAUUAGGAAACAACCAGCUGUACCAGCAAACCUCGCACACGCAGAAGCUCCCCGUGCGCCAGAUUAUUACCCAUAAAGCGUUCGAGAAGUUUCAUCCCUACGGCAGUGACAUUGCCAUGGUGCAGCUGAAGCGGCCUGUGAAUUUCACGUCGUACGUGGUUCCUGUGUGCCUCCCGUCCACAGACGUACAGCUGUCCCACCAGUCGUCCUGCUGGAUCACCGGCUGGGGAAAGCUUUCGGAGGACACCAAACUGUUGCAACCCUUCCUACUGCAGGAGGGUAAGGUGGGCCUGGUGGAGAAUAAAUUCUGUAAUACCUUAUUUAGGCAAAGAUCUGGCCACGACAACGACUAUGUGCAUGAAGAGAUGCUGUGUGUGGGGGACUUCUCGACAGGAAAGUCCAUCUGCCCGGUUGAUUCUGGGGGGCCCCUUGUCUGCUUCCACUCCAAUGUCUGGGUUCUGGUAGGCCUGGCGAGCUGGGGCCUGGACUGCCGUCAUCCGGUCUACCCCAGCGUCUUCACCAGGGUAUCCUACUUCACUGAAUGGAUCUAUAAAGUCAAGCGGCUCAUGGUUUUCAGGCACAAUUUGUCCAUCCAGCCUCACAUGAACUUUUCCGCAGUUAUGAGGCCUACGGACUCAGCUGAGUCCCGCAGCACCCUUGUGUCUGCACAGACAUGGCUCUUGCUGCCAUUUAGCUUCAUAGUGCCACAGCAGGCUCUGUGGUAA